GGGAGCAUGUACCGGCUGCUGGGGCGAGGCCUCCUGCGGGCCGCGGGCCGGCGGGGUCGGCACUGCUCGGCGCGCCCCCUCCCGGCGCCGGCAGGAGGCCCCGGGGCCGAGGCGGACGUGCCCUCAGCCCGAGUCGCGCGGCACGGCCGGGUCCCGGGCCUGCUGCCGCUGGUGGCCGCGCUCGCCUGGUUCUCGCGGUCCGCCGCGGCGGAGGAGGAGGAGCCGGACGCGGCGGAUGAGACCGAGGCCGAGAUCAUCCAGCUGCUGAAGCGAGCCAAGUUGUGCAUCAUGAAAGAUGAGCCAGAAGAGGCUGAGCUAAUCUUGCAUGACGCUCUCCGUCUCGCCUAUCAGAGUGGUAACAACAAGGCCAUCACCUACACUUACGAUUUGAUGGCCAAUUUGGCAUUUAUACAUGGUCAACUUGAAAAUGCGGAGAAACUUUUUAAAGCAACAAUGAGUUACCUGCUUGGAGGGGGCAUGAAGCAGGAGGAUAAUGCAGUAAUCGAAAUCUCCUUGAAGCUGGCCAGUAUCUAUGCUGCUCAGAAUAGACAAGACUUUGCUCUUGCUGGGUAUGAAUUCUGCGUUUCAACUCUAGAGGAAAAAAUGGAAAGAGAAAAGGAACUAGCAGAAGACAUUGUGUCAGUGGAAGAGAAAGCCAAUACCCACCUCCUCCUGGGUAUGUGCUUAGAUGCCUACGCGCGCUACCUUGUGUUUGCUAAGCAGCCAUCGCAGGCACAAAAGAUGUAUGAAAAAGCUUUGCGGAUUUCUGAAGAAAUACAAGGAGAAAGACACCCACAGACCAUCGUGCUGAUGAAUGACCUGGCUACUACUCUGGAUGCACAGGGCCACUUUGAUGAGGCCUUCAUUUAUGUGCAGAGGGCAUCCGAUCUGGCAAGACAGAUAAAACACCCUGAGCUACACAUGGUGCUCAGUAACCUAGCUGCAGUUCUGAUGCACAGAGAACAAUACGCGCAAGCCAGAGAGAUCUACCAGGAAGCACUGAAGCAAGCGCAGCUAAAAGGAGAUGAGGUGUCCGCACAGCACAUCCGGGAAGAGCUGGCUGAGCUGUCGAGAAAAAACAGACCUUUGAUUUAACUUUACCAAGCUUGUAGGAAGAAGAGUUUCCGGUAACCCAGAGGAACAGCUAUUAUUCCAUCCUCAUUGGCACCCUGAUCAGUGGCUUAAAUCCUUUGUCCUUGAUAUUUUUCUCAACUUCUCCUUGGUGAAGGACAAGUUGCAUAUACUACCACUUCUCUUUUUAAAGAAAAAUCACCUUUCACCUCUCAUCCCUGAUUUUCACUUCUGGAGAUGGAUGUCAAGUGAUGCUUUCAGUUGUAAUGCAUGGCGAGGUGCCAUCAUGCUGGUCUGAUGUCACUGUGGCCUAAGAUGGGCCAGUGUUCCUCUGGGGGAGGGAGGUGUGUGGUGGCUCAGCCUGGCAUCUCUAACACUUGGGUCCACUGAUUUGCAGCCCUUCCCUCUUCUUUUAUCAGUAUCUGCCGGCCAGAGCUACCUCUCAUGGCAAGGGGGAUUAUGGUGAGUUUUCUUUAAAACCUACUUUAUUUCAUGAAGCCCAAUGUGGGAUUUUAGUGCAUAAAUGAGGAAAUAUGGUGUCUUCAGUCUGACACCAGCAUCGAUCAUGUAGUUUCCAAGUGGGAACCAGGCACCUGAAAGUACAGCACCCCUUUGUUCAUAAAUAAGUCUGUGUUUCUCGAUGUAUCUUGUUACAUGCAACUAUAAAAACCGGAGAUAAAAAGAAA